AUGGAUUCCAUCAGUAUUCCAAAUGACGCGGACUCAGACGGGAAUACCGAGUUUGCCUCGGAAUACUACAAGGAUUUCCCAAAACUGUCAGCUGGCUAUAUUGUAUCCGAAAAACCGACGUUUCUGAACUUUGAUUCUGUUCUCUGUGUUAUAAAUAAUCAAAAAUGCAGCUUAUACGAUUCCAAAAGUGGAUCUAAGCUCUCUAGCACGAAUUUGAAUGAUGAAAUGGUUGUUGGCGCCAAGUCGUUUACCUUUGACGGAAGAUACGAAAUACUCAUCUCUGGAUCCUCCAAUGGAGUGAUAUCCUGCUACAACGUGAACAAAGGUGGAAACUCACUGGAUCUGCUAAUAAGGGCUAAAAUAUCUUGUAAGCGUCUCUUGUCAGUCGAUGUGAGUCCAGACUCCGGCGCCAUACUGCUCAUAUACUUGACUAACAAGGAAUCCAUUACAACUGAAAUAUCGGUCAUGACUUUUGAUUUUCUUGGCAUUAUAAAAAGUACUGAGAUAGACGUCAACCAAGCCAUAGAUUUGGAUCCCUCUAGCUCUGAUUGCAAGCAUGUAAAGUCAUUCAAAAGAGUAUGUUCGUUGCUCUCUAAAGUUGAUGUGUAUGCCACCAACAGAAGGUUGAAUCUUGUUGGAAUAGGGAUUGGAAAGUCUGUGUUGAUUUUAAAUAUCGCAACUUAUAGAAUCACAUACUUCGAACUAAUCGGAAGUGUAUGCUGUAUGGCAUUCGACUCAAGAAAUUUUAUGGCUCUAGGUGAUUCUACCGGGCGUAUUAUUAUAUAUGAUUUGGAUCAUUCGGAUGAUGGCAAUGAAAACCUUGUAAUGGUUUGUGAUAUGCCCCAAUCAUAUUUUGACUUGAACCCUAUCCAUCUCAGACAAAAGGCUAAUUUCCUGACUACGAAUAGGAAGUUGUAUAGUAAAGAUGAGGAUUUUGGCUAUCUUAAAAAUUUUGCUCGAUUGCCCAUCUCUGCAAGAUCACUCCAUUGGCACGCUCAUGGCGUUAAUUGCAUGUCUUUCAAUAGGGAUGGUUCAAUUUUGCUUUCCGGAGGUGAGGAAGGUGUUUUGGUGAUUUGGCAUUUGAAUAGCAAUUCCAAAAAAUUUGUAACUAGACUAGGAUCAGCAAUAUUUCAUCUUGGAAUAUCAAACUCUGAAGACCUUUAUUUUGCUGCCUGUGAGGCCAACGAAAUAUUUUUUAUUGAUCCAUCUGCACUCUCUAUAAAAAGUCGCAUUUCUGGUCUGUCUAUUCCCAUGAGUAUUGGAAUUAAGUCGACUAAGGAAUACACCCAACUGCCAUUGGAAUCUCCUGCUGAGGCUUUAGAAGAAAACACAGAUAUAACAUAUUCAAACGUGAAUGUAGAAUCUCAUGUUCCAAUUUUUAAAUAUUGGCCACAUGUAUACAAUGAUCUUGUAAAUGCAUCGAAAAAGGAUGCAGAAUCGACAAUGAUUGGAGGAAAUGUAGUUGUCUCCUCCAGGCCGAACAAGUUGCAAAUCUUCAACUAUGUUAAAGAUUGUGAAAUAGGGUCACUUGAUCUAAAAACUGUGAAUAUAAUAAGUAGGCAAGACGACGAAUUCGGUGAAGACUGGAAUUUAGAUGAAAUGUGUGUAUCAAGUGAUGGUCUGGUAGUUUUAACAAUACAGUCCAGAAAGGUUUUGCAUACUACUGACACAAUUGAUGAACCUUCAAUGCUAUACCCACAGUUUGAACACGAAACUCUGAGUAACAAUAAAAAGAGUACCCUCAAAUUUUGGGUAAGAAUGCAUGACAAGGAGGGAUUAGGAUUUGUGGCUCACACGAAGAUAUCCAACCCACAUACACACAAAGUUACAUAUGUUGCACAAAUUUCCAACACAUAUGCAUUUUUGACUGCUUCGAUGGAUUCUGAGUUUAAAAUAUGGAAUGUAGUAAAAAAGGCUGUUUUUCCAAACAACUUGGGUUUUGUAACAUAUAGUGAUUCUGAUUUAAAAGAAUUAAAGGGUAAAUCAUUCAAAAAUGAAACUGUAGAUGAUUACAUAUGGAUUUGUGUUUCUGUUGGAUCAUAUAGAAACAUGCCUUGUAUUACUGCAUCGAUUAAUGAAUCUGGAAAUCUCAUUUGUGUUGUUCACGAUUUAGCUGUUUCUGUUUGGGAAAUUAAUAAAAAGAGACAAUUUGAAUUUGUUAAGGCUGUAAUGGUUAAUCAACCGAAGUAUGCUCUUGAAAAAAAUGAUAUAAUUACACACAAGAGCGAUGUAUCAUUCAUCAAAUUUAUCUCUCCCUAUGAAAGCAGAUUUGUGAUCAUAUCAGGCUCCAAAAGGUUGUGUAUUUGGGAUAUUACCAAUGACAAAUCACUAUGGGAAUAUCCUAUUACAGAGGAUCAAGAAAUUGACAAGGUUAUUUAUGAAAGGCUCCUUCCAAACAUACUUGUAGUUACUACCUCGCACAUUGAUAAUGGAAAGUAUGUUGGAACUCUGGAAAUGUAUUUGUUUGAUAUUUCUAAUGAGAAUGUAGUAAUGAAGGAAAUUUUCAGCCAAAAGAGGUCAAUCUCCAGAAUGGUAUUGAACAUGUGUUUAUCACCAUCUGCCAUAGAUCCUUCUGUGUUUAAUACGAAAAAUAACGAUCUGCAGUUACCUGUAUUCCCAUUUAAUUUUGUAUACACCACGUUGGUACUCUUGACGUCAAACUUCCAAAUAGAAACAAUCGCAAUAAUGUCAGAAUUAUACAAAAAUGAACCCCCAAAAAUUUUCACCAUCGAUUCUGUUGAGAGAAGUAUGGACAAAACGACAGUCGGAAAUGGUAUAUCAGAGGGUGACGAUUUGGAUAUAUUCGAACAGAUUCUAAAUCUACAAAAGGAACAACUGAAGCAUUACAAAAAGAGAAAGGAACGUAUCAACCUUACAGAGCAAUUUUGUAAAGCUAACGAGUGGAAUUAUCGCGCGAAAAACCCUAUUCCAGAAAAUUUAGUAAAUUCAGUUGUAGACGUGGGAUGUCCUUCCCACUCUUUACCCGCACCAAAUGUAGUAUUUAAUAGGCUAGCAAAUAUACUGGGAACAAUGCACCCGGAUUACUAG